AUGACCAUCUCCUCACCCGCCGACACUGUCGUGCGCAACUGCGUCGUGCGGACGAUGGAUGCCUCGCAGCCCGAGGCGGACUCGCUCGCAAUCGCGGACGGAAAGAUUGUCUACGUCGGCCCUUCGUCCGGCCUCAACUCGUACGUCGGUCCUGCAACGCGCACAGUCGACCUGGGGGGCAAGACGGUCCUGCCAGGCCUGAUGGACGUGCACAACCACCACGCCAUUGCGGGGCAGCACGAGGCCGAGCUCCAGUUCCCUGCCGAAUCGAGCGUGUCCGAGAUCUGCACAGCCGUCACGGCCUGGAUCCGGCAACACCCGGAGGACAAGUGGGUGCUCGGCUCCAAGGUCGGGAGCCAGCUGCUCGGCGAGCUGCAGCAGGGCGACGCGCUGAGGCAGCUCGACGCGGCCAGCGGGGACGUCAAGGUGCUCCUCACGACCGAUUGCCACCACAACAAGUGGGCGAACAGCGCCGCCCUCGCAGCGGGGGGGAUUGAUGCCUCGACGCCGAACCCGGAUGACGGCGAGAUUGUGCGCGACGCCUCGGGGCAGCCAACAGGCCUGCUAUACGAGGGUGGGGCGCGGUCCAUCAUCCGCGCGCUCGAGAAGGACACGGACCCGAGUGCCGCGCUCGAGGCGGCCAAGAAGGCCAGCGCCGCAGGCAUCAGGACCAUGCACGCUAUGGGCAUCACGGGCUUCCUCGAUGCUGCGUGUGGCGCCUCGACGCUGCGCGGCCUCAAGGCGCUCGACGACGCGGGCGCGCUCAAGAUCCACGCGUGCAGCAGUAUGCUGAUCAACGACCGGAUCUUCGGCAACGACCAGCUCGGCACCGCGCUCUUCGCGCUCCAGGACGAUGUGAGGGGAACGCACCACCGGCCGGACUUUGCCAAGAUCUUCCUCGACGGCGUGCCCAUGAGCUACACGGGCGCGUUCCUCGAGCCCUAUACCCAGCCAACGGGGGGUGAUGGGCACUGCUGCGUGAGGGGCCACACGACCAUGCCCUACGAGGAACUCGAGGGGUGGCUCCUCCGCUGCGCCGAGCGCGGCAUCAACGUCAAGAUCCACUGCACGGGGGAUGCGGCUGUGCGUUUCGUCCUGGAUGCGGUGGAGCGCGUGCGCGCCGCGGGCCACAGGGACGCAAUCUUCCACGUCGCGCACGGCCAGUUCGUCCAUCCCGCCGACAUUGGGAGGUUCGCGCCCCUCGGCGUCGUGGCCGACAUCUCGCCCCCGCUCUGGUUCCCCGGCGCGAUCACGGAUGCCAUGGCCGCCGUCCGCAGUCCGGAGGAGAUGCGCCGCUUCCACCCCAACGCGGAACUGCUCGCUGCCGGCGCCACGCUGGCCGCCGGGAGCGACUGGCCAGUCAUGCCCGACCCCAAUCCCUGGACUGGCAUUGCGUCCCUCGUCACGCGCAAGGAUCCCUCGGGCGAGAGGACGGAUGCGCUGAAUGAGGACCAGAGCAUCGACCUCGAGCAGGCUGUCAGGGCCUACUCUAUCAAUGUCGCCAGGGCGCUCGGGCUCGACAAGGUCACGGGCAGCCUGGAACGGGGCAAGAGCGCAGACUUUGUCGUCCUCGACCGCGACCCCUUCAGCGUGCCCAUCGGCAAGGUCGCGGGCACGCAGACGGAGCAGACCUGGUUCGCGGGCGAGCGCGUCUAUGCUCGCGAGUAG